GUUCUGCAGCUGGAUCUCCGUGUAGGGCCCCGGAGCCGGGGACGAGGUCAGGUUCCCUUGUUACCGCUGGGUGGAGGUCGACGGCGUCCUGAGCCUGCCUGAAGGCACCAGUGGGGAAAGGAUGGGUUAAUUCUGAAUGUGGCUGGGGCAAAACUAUGUGACCUCCCUGUGGAUGAGCAAUUUCUGGAAGACAAGAGUGUUGACUUUAAGGUUUCGCUGGCCAAAGGAGCGCGUGCGGGACUCCUGGAAGGAAGAUGCCUUAUUUGGGUACCAGUUUCUUAAUGGCGCCAACCCCGUGGUGCUGAGGUGCUCCGUUCACCUUCCUGCUCGCCUAGUGUUCCCUCCAGGCAUGGAGGAACUGCAGGCUCAGCUGGAGAAGGAGCUGGAGGGAGGCACAUUGUUCGAAGCUGACUUCUCCCUGCUGGAUGGGAUCAAGGCCAACGUCAGUCUCUGUAGCCAGCAGCACCUGGCUGCCCCUCUGGUCAUGCUGAAACUGCAGCCUGAUGGGAAACUCUUGCCCAUGGUCAUCCAGGUGAGAGGUCUCAGGAUUUCUGCUCCCAGUCUCCAGCCUUCUCAGCUCAGCCCCUUAUCAAAAUGCACUAAGCACCAUCUUCAAAGGCGCUGGGCUAAGGCACCCGGGAGACGCGAAAGGAGGAAAUGCGCCAAGUCUCUAUUGGAGGGCCUUGCAAUGUAGCUGGAGAGACAGACUGGGCCAGUCUGCAGAAGCUCCGGGACUGAGGAAGUCCCUGAGGACAGAGACAGCCCAGGAGGGAUCGGGGAGUUGGGAUGUCGCCAGCCUUGGACGAGGGCCAGGUCUCAGACAAGCAGGAGGGAGAGGAAGGACCGGUCCUCAGGGGCAAGACAGACUGGGCAGAGGCUGAGGUAGAGGAGUCAGGAGAUUCCUAGGGGACAGUUGGACCGGGGCCAGACUAAGCCAGGCUAAGGAGCAUGAAGUGGGAAGCUGGAGAAGGCUGUGAUGAAACAUGCUAUAGGCACGCGGUGUGGGCGGUGGUGUUUAGGGUGGGUUGGAGAGGGGAGAUGCUAGAAACAGGGACUGGGGCAACAUGCCGCAGCACUGACCCCAGGAGGAGGGGAGCUCGGAUGUGGGUAGUGACCGUCGGGAUGGAGAGGACCGGUGGAUGCGAGUGCAGAGGGAGAUGAAGGAGAGGGGAAAGGGGAGCCAGGCCAGGUGCCUGCAGAAAUAGCACUGAUAAAGAGAACAGGGUGCCCAGGUAGACUUUUGUCUGGCCAAUGUUGAGGUAACGGGAAGACAUUUAAAUUGUCCAGCAGGCAGCUGAGAACAAGAGAUUCAGUCAUUUGUGUAGAGGUGGGGCCAAAAGAUGAGAUUUCAAAAAACAGUGUGGGAUGAAGGAAGCAGGCGGUUUGAAUCUUGUCCACAAUGCAGGGACUGAAAGGGGAAGUGGAGGCUGGAGGAGGCACCAGAAGAGCAGUUUCUGCAGAAUGCUGGAGGCAAAGCAGCUUGCAGGGUGCUAAUGCACUGAGCUGGUAGGAAGGGGAGUGGAGGAAAUGGGAGCUGUAGGGAGAGGCAGGAGUGGGAUGGGGAAAGCAGAACAGGUUUGGAGGACGAAGGGCGAGGUUAACAUGCAAGGGGGGCGGGAAUCGCUGAGUGCCCGGCACUCAUGCCUUCUCUCCCCACACUUGUCCCUGCUCCAGCUCCAGCUGCCCCACACAGGAUCCCCACCACCUCCCCUUUUCUUGCCCACGGAUCCCCCAAUGGCCUGGCUUCUGGCCCAAUGCUGGGUGCGCAGCUCUGACUUCCAGCUCCGUGAGCUGCAGUCUCAUCUUCUGAGGGGACACUUGAUGGCUGAGGUCAUUGUUGUGGCCACCAUGAGGUGCCUGCCGUCGAUACAUCCUAUCUUCAAGGUAACUCCUUAUCCCCUUCUCUCCUGUGUUCAGCUGAAUACUUGAUGGGGACCUUUGUUUCUCUAGAGUUCUCUUUCGGUACAACACCCUCAAUUUCAGCAUGCUGCCCUGUGAAUUCUGGCUGUAUUGGCCUGCCAGUACUGCCAGCUCUCUCUGUCCCCUUAACUCAGGAAGAUGAUAGGACUCUGCCAGGGUUGCUCCUCCCUACUCUGCAGCUGGAAAGCUUUCUCCAGGCAGUAAGCUGGGGCAAUUGUGGGACCCACUUUUGUCUGUUUCUUCAGUUAUUUCAGGCAAGAGGGUAAAUCCAGUUCCUUACUUUACUCCAGCUGGAGGUCUCCUCCUCAUUAUUUUAUAUACGUUUUGUGGAAGAUUAACUUUACAAUUUAGUUUUUAGAUAACAGAAUAUUCAGACAGGACUGCGACUCCAUUCAUGGAGUAAUUAUCAUAGCUCAGAGAUGAAUAUUAUUACUCUCUCCCAGAGACGGAUGCAGUGACUUUUGGGACUUUGUGUGUCUCUUUUCUCAAGGAGAGACUAAUAGCAUCUUUAUUUCUAUGAAGAAUAGUUGCAUUGUGUUAGAUAGAAAAGAAUAUUUUAUUUUAUCUUAUUUUAUUUUAUUUUAUUUUUGAGACAGUCUCACUCUGUCAGCCAGGCUGGAGUGCAGUGGCACAACCUUGGCUCACUGCAACCUCUGUCUCCCAGGCUCAAGCAAUUGUCCUACCUCAGCCUCCCAAGUAGCUGGGAUUACAGGUGUGAGCCACCACGCCUGGCCCAUUUUUUCUUUUUAGUAUGGAAGUUUAAAUAUAAAUGCUGAUUAACCAAUAGAACUGACUGUGGGAGUUAGGCUUCGCCCUUGGCUCCAACCCUCUACCUUCUAAAGUCAGCUUCCUGUCUAAGGCUAGGUCUCUGCAAACCAUAUUCCUGCCUUCUUACCUGGCUCCAUGUCGAGCUCAUACCAGUAACUAAUUCACCCUGGUAGCAGAUGUUCCUUCCCUUAGUGGCAGCUGAAUCCACGUUGCAACUUUCUAAUGUUUGAAGAAGCAGCUUUAUUGCAUCCCUGUUCAGAAUACCAGCACCAGCCAAAUGGCACCCCUUAUCAAAAGUCUGAGUUUCAGAUCUCCAGGGUCCUUCCUCCAAGUUUCUGAAGUUUUAAUAAUUCCAGGUUCUGUUCUUUCCUGUCUACUGGUAGGGUAGCGCAUCCUUUCAUAUGCUUAUUACCCCUGUGGGUUUCUUUUUCUGUGAUUUCUCUAUUCAUAUCUUUGCUCGUUUUGCUUCUUUCAUGUCUUUUUCUUACUUGAGUCCUUUAAAUAUUCUGAAGACAAAUUCUCACUUAUUUGCAUUGCAAACAUAUUCUCAAAGUUUUUGGCUUGCCCCCAUCCUUUAAUUUUUUUUUAAAUUUCAGAAGACAGUAUCUCAGCUUUCACCAUGUGCCUUUAUCUUUCCUGGUUUCCAUCUCUGAUUUUAUUUCAUAAUGGCAACAAUGUGUUUCUGUCUUAAUAAAGUGGUCCACCAGGAUUGCUAUCCCAGUGGUUUUUAAACUG